CAUGGUGCCAUGAAUUUUGACUUCUUUGUGAUUAACAUACUGUAUAAAUAAAUGUACACAAGGCUAAAGAUUUACACUGAUGUUGAAAGUGCAACUCAACAGCAGCAUUAUGUGUUUGAACGGAACAGAAGUGAGAAACUAAGACAACUCAAAAAAGAAUGAUCAAAAGAGGAUGUCGACAGGAGAAUGCAGGAAGCUUUAGAAGCCCGAAUCUCUAGCCACACGGAUGACUCUGUUGCUGCCCUUAAUGCUAGAAUCAGGAGAAAGCUCCAAACCAGAUCUUCAGAAGCAGAACUACUACAGCCUCCUGAGCAGAAACUUCUGCAGUGUGAACAAUAGGCAAAGAUGCACAGCAGCUAUCAUGAAUUUAACCAGGCCCUCUCGGAGCUCAUGAGGUGUAUAGCUUUGGCAAGAAUUUGCUAUGGAGGCCAUCACUGGAAAAUGGCAGAAGCCCAUCUUAAUUUGGCUCAGGGAUACCUCCAGCUUAAAGGAUUUUCACUACAAGCACAGCAACAUGCAGAAAAAGCCAAAGAAAUUCUUCUUGCCAGCUCACCUAUCCCGUCUUCUGAUUCUGAACAAAGAAUGGACAUUCUUAAGUGCUCAGUUGCCAUUUUUCAUACAUUAGGAAGAUCAUUAACUGCUCUUCACAAAUUCAGAUUGAAAGAUUCAGAGAGAAAUGUAAUAAAAGCUCAGAAACUUUCAGAGGAACUGCUACAAAAUGAUCACAUGCCACAGGACAAAUGGAUGGAAAUCAAAGCAGCAGUUGAGUUGUCGUUUGCACAAUUAUACCAGUGUCAGAAAAGAUCAGAAGAUGCUAUUGUCUGCUAUCAAAAAGCUCUGAGCUAUAUUGAGAAGUGUAAGGGUGAAACCAAUCUGGAAUGUAUUCCUGUACACAAGAAAAUGGCAGGAGUAGCACAGGUUCUUGGGGAUCAUGCAACAGCAAUCCAGCAUCUGGUAAAGGUGAAGAAAGUUUCAAUUUCAUAUAAGGAAUAUGUACCCAGGAAUGUAGAGGAAGGAAAUUUUAUCUUUUUCCAAGCAGGUAUUGCUCAUUUCAUUGCCCUGAGAAAAAGCCCUUCUUCAGGGGAAGCAGCAGAAACUGCUCACUUGAUGGCACAGGCUGCAGUUGCCUCUAAACAAUCAGAGCACAAGGAUCUGGCUGAGAAGUAUUUUCAAGAGAGCAUAAAUGCUUUUAAAGAAGCUGAAGGGAUGGAGAGUGCUAAAUGCCUUGGAGCUGUGGAUGAUUUCUGUCAGUUUCUUAUAGCCACUGGACAGCAGGAGAGAGCAGCAAUAGUGCUGAAAGGAUCAUUAGAAGCUAAAAUAUCCCUAUGUGGGGAUCUCAGCCCAGAAGUAGCAGAGACAUACUGGCUCCUAGGAGGAACAGAACUGGCACAAGGACACACACAUUUGGCAUACAAGAAACUUAAGAAGUGCCUGUAUCUUCAGCCCCUCUUAUAUGGCACCCACAACAAAAGGACUGUUGUAACCCAGGAGGCCAUUGACUUGUCAAAGGCCCCAGAUGUAGCAGCAAAACAGAGACGAUCAGAUAAAAAAAGACCACCAUACUGUACUAUUGUGCAACAGUACUCCAUAGUGGGAAGGCCCAAAGCCAAUAUAAUAUAUAUAUAUAUAUAUAUAUAUAUAUAUGACAGGUUUCUCAUGUUUACUUCUGAAGACUGA